AUGUUUGCAGAUGGAAGCAAGAAACCUGGCAUUUUUGCUUAUGCUGAGGCCUCUCCCUUUGCAAGCGGUGCUUCGCCCUUCGCAGGUAAUCCGUCACCAUUCGCUACAUCUUCUCCAGGGCCCUCAGCAUGUGGUGGCGGCAGCGGUGGUGGUGCCUCCGCAUCGCCUUUCGGUAGCGGUGGUGCAGUGGCCUCACCUUUCUCAGCCUCAGCUGGCCCGCCACAAGCGUCGCCCUUCGGAUCUGGUACAGUGUCCCCGUUUGCUGCUGGGGGCCCAGCGCAGCCAUCGGCCUCGCCAUUUGGUCAGGGUGGUCCAAGCGCGUCGCCAUUUGCAGGCCCUGGAAGUCAUGCUGCUUCGCCCUUCAGCGGAAAUCCCGGAGGUACACCUGCAUCACCAUCGCCUUUUGGUGGGCAGGGGAGCACUCCUUCCCCAUUCAGCGGUGCAGCGAACAUGGGCUCCACUCCCCCAACCGCAACACAAAGAAGCUCAUCGCCCUUCGCGGCAGGCCCGAGCCAAGCUCCCAGUGCCGCUCAGAUUGGUGCCGGCUCAGCAGCGCCCUUCGGGGCACAGGCCACUGCCUCGCCAUUUGCAGGCACCAGCUCUGCGACUGUGGCGAGCGCAUCGCCUUUUGGAAGUCAGGUUGUUGGAGCAGUCGGACCUUUCGGAGGUCAAGGAGCAAGCUCGGCGUCUCCUUUCGCUGCGCAGUCCAGCAGCUCAAGCUUGCCUUUCGCUGCCGGGGCAUGCUCUGGUGCAUCACCUUUUGCGCAGAGCGCCCUUGCUCCAGCUACGGCGUCUGCGGGGGCUCAAGGCACCACCUCACCCUUUGCACCUCCGGCGCAGGGCAGUGCCAGCACAUCCACAUCCCCCUUUGGCAGUGCGCCAACGAGUGCUGUGGCAUCUCCCCAUGCGCCGGCCGGUGCCUCUCCGUUUACGAAGGCCACGGUGCCAGUGCCUUCUGCAAAGGCUGGUGCUGCAUCGAAGGACGCAAAGGAAGUGCUGCCGGAGCUGCUACGGAAGGUCGACUGGCAGCUCACAAGCUUUGGCUUGGACAACCAGGCAUGUGUGGUCACCAACGACACCUCCUUCGAGGAGCAUCGCUGGCUGAUGCUACAGCAGCCGCGUGGGGAUUGGGGUAGUCUGUCGAACAAGCUUCUCAGCGAGAGCAAGCAGAAGUUCAGCACGUACUUGUCUGGCUCUGCUGAUGCUGCAGCACCAUCCCAGCUGGCACAGGAUGCAGCCAGCGCCUCCACCAGGGCACCUUCGCCGUUCGACGGCGCGUCGCGGAGCUCUUCGCCCUUUGGUGCUGCAUCAGCCUCAGCAGGGGGGUCGGCUUCGGCAGGGGCCUCGCCUUUCGGUGCUUCAACUCCCUCGCCCUUCGGGGCAGCGGGCACCAGUGCCUCUCCCUUUGGCGGCAGCCAGGCACCGGGCACGGGCCCCUUCGCUCAACGCAGCACAUCGCCGGGUCCUUUCGCCACUACGAAUUCGCCCUUCGCUCCUGGGCCAUGCGCUUCGCCGUUUCAAAGCUCCGGGCAGGGCACGCCUCCCUCGCCUUUUGCUCCGUCGCUGGGCAUAAGAGCGUUGCACCGGUGA